AUGGAGGGGAAGAGACAGCUGGAUAGAAGGGACUUUGGUAAAAGACUGUCUCUGGACAGCAGUCUUGUGGAAUACAUGGACUCUAACAAGUGCAUUGAACACCUGCUGGCACAGCUCAGGGAGCAACACAGAAGUCUCUGGCGGGAGAAGCUGGCUGUGGCCAGGCUGCAGAGAGAAGUUGCCCAAAGGACAAGCCAAGGGGCCAUGCAGGAGAAGCUGAUACAUGAGUUGGAAGAGGAACGGCACUUGAGGCUACAGAGUGAGGAACGGUUGCGGGAGGUGACCCUGGAGUCAGAGCGCAACAGGAUCCAGAUGCGUGGCCUGCAGCAGCAGUUUUCCAGAAUGGAAGAAACUGUCCGAAGUCUGCUGCAGAGCCAAGGAUCUCCAGAGCAGAAAAAGGAAGAACCUGCCAAGAUCACAGCCUACCAGGAAAGAGUAUCUGAAGAAGAGAGAAAAGAGCAAGCAGCACUGGGUGAUCUCCAUGUAGCAGCUGAUGAGGACUCUAGAAGUGAGCACAGCAGUGUGGAGGAGGGGAAAGAAGACAGCAGACUGCUCCUGAAGAGACUGAAGGCUCUGGAGGCAGAGAAUUCAGCACUGGCGCUGGAAAACGAGAAUCAGAGAGAACAGUAUGAGAGAUGUCUUGAUGAGGUAGCCAACCAAGUUGUUCGAGCUCUACUCACUCAAAAGGAUCUAAGGGAGGAAUGUGUAAAGUUGAAAACGAGAGUGUUUGACUUGGAGCAACAGAACCGGGCACUCAGCAUCCUGUUCCAACAGCGAGUCAGACCAGCUUCUGACGUGCUCCUCCAGGGGCCAGAGGUUGAUGAAGAUGUACGGGAAGAUGAAGAAGAUAGAGUUGCUGACGCUACGGUCCAGAGCCAUGUGAUAGAAUCGAACUGCCAGAUGAGAACACUGGACAGCGGGAUUGGAACCUUCCCCCUCCCAGACUCAGGAAACCGCUCAAUAGGACGAUACAUAUGCCAGCAAGACUCCCCAGAGGACACUGAUCCCCUCCUGCCUCUCCAGCCAGCCCCUUCCGUGGCAUCCCCUGCCAGAGCCCAAACCCUUGACCGUGAAGUGCCUUCCUCCUCAGACAGCCAGAGCUCCUCGGAGUCCACCAUCGUCCAUUCCAUAUCUGACCCCAGCAUGAUGGCCAGAGGGAUGAGAGCCUCACAGAGUCACCUUCCCAAGCCCACCUCCUCAGGAAAAUCUAGCUUUGAAAAGCCUAAUGGAGCAGAGUCUAAGGCCCACACUGGCCCAUCAUUCGAAUAUGCUGAGGAUGCAGUGGCAAGUGAGCCCCUUUCAGAAUGGAGGGGCGAAGAUGCUACUACCGAGACCCAGGUGGUGGUAACACCUCACCCUGAAUCCCCUGUGGAAUGAAAGAGCCAUGAUUAAGCUG